AUGAUCCCUCCACUUUCUUCUUCUGCGUUAAUUCCCAUAUCAGUUCUCGAUACAUCACAUACGUCCAACAACAUACCGUUAAGAGCUAUGCCAUCUAUCAUACGCCACGCAAUUCAAUCCUUAAGUGGUACAAGCAACAGCGAUUGGCCGUUGAUUCGUGAAUCACAGCCUCGGUAUCAAAAUGAUUCAAGGGAGUCAUACGUCAGUGGAGAUAGGGGCAUGAGAGAAGGAAGCCGCGUUAAUGAAUGGGUGGAUACCCAAGACAGAGGUCAACAAGCUAGACAUUCAAACGAUAGGCAGGCUCCAAGCACUAGAUCAAUAGCAGAACCAAGAGUCGGAAUACUGGGCUCGCGAAGGAUUUCAGGACGAGAGAGAUUGCUGGACCUCGCGAAUCUCAGAAGACCAUCAAGACCUUCGCGUGCUUCAAAUGCUCCAGAAAAUUCGUCCACGUUGCGUGGAUUGGCAGCGCAGUCACUAUCAAGAUAUAUGGAUCAACGUAAUAAACCGCAAGCCAAUUCAUCGACCUCUCAACAACGACGGGGAAGGGAAUUCGACUUUGAGAACGAGGAGCUAAGUGAUGUUGAACAGCAAGACCAGAAUGAUCCGAGACAAGCUGAGAGGCGGCAUCAGGAGAGCUAUUCGGCCGACAGGAAUGGUUAUGAAACAGGGCCGUAUUCACAGCAAGAGCGGUGCUAUGAAAUGCGGUAA